ACUGCGCAUGUGCAGGCCGCCAAAAAUCAACGGCACGCCUUCGAUUAUAAAGCCGUUUUUCUUUGUUGUCGAAAAUCAAAACGUGUUAGUUUGUAAUUCUCACGAAUCUUGGAGCGAUACCAAAUUCAACUACUUUAAGACAUUGGCUCGAAUUUUGUUUGUGCCUUCAGGUUUCGAGGAAAGGAACAAACUAAGAAAUAAUUGUUAACUUCUCAAACCAAAGGCCCGGAAACUCUGUGCGUAAAUGUUACAUUCUGGCGCAUACCGCUUUUUACUAGCUAGCUGACGGAUGUUUUCAGACAUAUUUUUCAAAAGAUAUGGGAAGUCUUUUUUUUGUCUUGAAUUUCAUUCAAACGUAAUGGAGGCCAAGGGAUUUGCAGUAGUUCACCACCAGUAAAGGUACAGCGUUAACUAGCCUUUCAGGUUAGUACAACUAACUAGUUAGCGCAGCUGCAAACCGUAGUAGCCUAACCUAGCUUGUUAGCUAGCGAAAGAACAUGUGACUAGGUAGAUAGCAAAUGUUCGCUGGAUCUCCAAAUACGAUCUAGGCGUUUGCAGCCACUUAGCUAACUUAUAUUGGGCAAAUGAUAAUAGCUAGUUAUCAAGUUAGCUUGCUCACAUCAGUUUUAUGGUCCAUGUUUUAAUUGAUGCAAAAUGGACGUUAAGCAAGAGGAAAAUGAGCGGGAGCUAUCCCAAACAAUAAUUUGGUCUGAUUCGAUUAAUGCCUGGAUAGAUUACCCAAGUUCUCUAUUGUCAAAAAACACAGAAACAGGUUCCCAUGUGGGUUUACUGAAAGAGCGUACAUGUGUACCUACCGUAAGUCCCCAAACAACAAGUCGAGGGCAGAUUUUACGUAUUUUUCCUGAAAUGACCGGAGCAAGUGAUGGGGAGAACAGGGGUGUCAAAAUUGUUUAUUUCUGCAAAGACCAAGAUACCAUCAGCACAUCUGAAAGGCAUUCGAUCAAAGAGGAGUCAGGACAUGUAUCAACCCUCAGUGAUUCUUUUGAAGCUCAAAUCAACCCAAAGUCACAGGGUUUUAGCCGAAAACAGACCCGGACCAAUAAUGAAUUGCCUGUAGACAAUGUUAAUAUCCAAGGCCAUAGUACUGCCAUUACUUCUGUGCUGACCUCACCUGCUAUAGAAAGUGGCUAUAAUUUAUCUGUAUCUAAUAUUAUUCCAGAAUAUUGUGAGCCAUUGAACUUUCCCUCAGAUGAAGAAGAAGACUACAAUACCAAUUUAAGACGAAGAUUGCAAUGCCAAAAAACGGUUGAGGAUAAAUAUCUAUGGCAGUGCCGUGGCUGUUACUCAAAACCUAACCCCAAAAGAUUUGGGAAAUAUUUGAAAGAUCCAUAUGCUAAGUGCAAGGAAAUAGGAAUAGAUUUCCAUGUUAGAUCUGGAGCGAGACAGAAACUUGAUUUGCAUUUACUGACAAUUGGUGUAAUGAUCGAAGUGUCUGAAUAUGUUAAAAACAUUAAUAGAUCUAACAAGCAUGUUAUCUUUGAUAUUCUAGAUUACAACUUUGAUCUUGGUGUGCAAAAUGAAGUACGAGGUUACUUUUCAAACAAGAUAGAAAGAAAAUUAAAUGACAUGCUGAAGAUGUAUACCAAGAGGAGAAAUCCUGAGUGGUUAAAAGAAGUGUUUGAACUUCCUGAUUCAAAGACAAUGAACGCAUGGGGAAAAUCUCGGUUUGCACGGUCCAAUUUGAAUAACAGCGUGUCAGAAAAUCCUACACCUUUUGACAUCUGCAUAAAGGAGAAGCCUGUUGUGGACCUGAUAGCUCCUCUGCAUGUGACGACUGAGAACCUCUCUACUCAGACAGAUGUAACACGAUGUGCUGAGACAGCAAUCCUUGACCCUGAAAAUGGACCUAAUGAUAUCUGCACAAGGGAUAAGUCAGAUCUGGGCGUCAUCCAUCAUGUCAAGACGGAGACUGUCAGCACUCAGACAGACAUGACAAUGGACCAAUCCUUCAUGAUGCCCACAGUAGAAGAAGCAUUGAGUGAACUCUACCCAAUCUGUAAGGAAAAAGGACUUGACCUUGAUGUGAAAUCAACAUUUGGGAAAAAGGAGAAACUUGACUUGCGUCUAUUGACCAGAGAGGUAAUGAUUGAAUUGGCUGAUUUUACCUCACAAAUGUGUGGAAAUUGGAAGCAGAUGGUCUGUGAUGUUGUUGAGCAUAAUUUUGAUCUGGAUUUAAAAAGUGGGAAAACUGACCUGGCUGAAGAUAUCAUUAAUAGGUUAAGAGCAGCUUUGCAGCCCAAUGUAAAUUUAAAAUUACAUGAUCACCGACUGAGAUGUGAAUUAGAAAAGGAAUACUUUUUCUUGAAGAAUUCGUGCAAACUCAAGAAUGAUACAGAGAUGUCCAGUAACCAGGUAACUACAGCAUCAUUUGAGCCGAAUGAUCAAAUGAAAGAAGUGUCGAAAAGGAGGAGAUUGGAUUUAAUGAAAAAGGAAAAAGAAAUGGACACGUGCGUAGCCAGGGAGACGGAGGGAGUCCGUUUCGAAGUCAGACCAGUAGAAUCUCAUUGUGUCAAGAAGGAGAGAAUCUCUGAUGAGACUGACCUUGCACUUUGUAUUGAUGAAACAAAGCAAAUUGUUGUUACCAACUUGGACCAAUCAAAUGUGACGUCUAACACCAAAAAAGUUGUCAACGCGUGCUACACACGCUGUGAGGAAAUAGGUCUGGACCUUGAUGUUGCAUUCAAACCCUCUAAAAAGAAACUGGAAUUUCAGUUACUGACAAACGGUGUAGUAUUUGAGGUGUAUAAAUAUGCUAAAAUAAAACCCUAUCCCCUAAAAGCAGAAGGAUGGGGGCAUAUUCUCUAUGCUAUUCUAGAAUACAAUUUUGACCUUAGUUUGCAAAAUCAGAGACGAAGUCAAUUUCAAUUUUGGAUUUAUCGUAAAGUGAAAAGAAUGGUUAAAAAACACAGACUUCAACUCACAAGAAGGGACAAACUCUCAAAAGAAUUGUUUGUAAUACCAAAUGUGAUUCAAACCAAAGCAAAAAAAACAGUGCUUUAAGAUUAUUUCCCCGGAAAAAUGUAUGGAACAAGAUGAACAAAAACGAGUUUAUCUUCAUCAUGUUAGACACUAUCGCCAUGGAGACGAUUUGAAACAAUCUCCACUGAUGAAGCAGCAAUGCUUGGCCAGGAUAAAAUGGACCAGACCUUCACUCUGAGAUCAAAGUGGUUUAUUUCUGUGAAGACCAAGAUACCGUCAGAACAUCUGAAGAGCACUUGAUCAUGGCAUGGAUCAACACCCAGUAAUAUUCGGGAAAAAAAUGUAUUCAGCCUCCCACAAGUCACCACUACCGACUGCAGAAAGGAGUUCUUUUGAAAGUCAAAUCAACCCAACUUCACAGAUGUUUUUUAAAAUAUUUUUAUUUCACCUUUAUUUAACCAGGUAGGCAAGUUGAACAAGUUACGUUAUGUAACAAGUUAUGUAACCAGAAGGUCACUACAGCUUCACUUGAGCCAAAGACUGAAAGGAGUAACAGAAAAGAGGAGAUUUAAUGAGGAAAAAUAAAUAAGUUGAUAUGUUUUAUAGCCACGAAGACCAAUGACAUGUAAUGCUAUGAAGUCAGACAAGUAGAACCUCAUUGUGACGAGACAGAGAGCAUCUCUGAUGUUUCAUCCCAGUAGAACCUCAUUGUGACGAGACAGAGAGCAUCUCUGUUGUUUCAUCCCAGUAGAACCUCAUUGUGACGAGACAGAGAGCAUCUCUGUUGUUUCAUCCCAGUAGAACCUCAUUGUGAUGAGUCACAGAGCAUCUCUGGUGUCAGAGGAAGGUCUUAAAAAUUGUCAGACUGUUCUGUCUGCUACCGCACAGCAAGCGGUACCGGAGCGCCAAGUCUGGGACCAAAAGGCUCCUUAACAGCUUCUACCCCCAAGUGAUAAGACUGUUAAACAGUUAAUCAAAUGGCUACCCGGACUAUUUGCAUUGCCCCCCUUUUUUAUGCUGUUGCUACUCGCUGUUUAUAAUCUAUGCGUAGUCAGUUUACCCCUACCUACAUGUACAUAUUACCUCAAUUUACACGACUAACCUGUACACCCGCACAUUGAUUCUGCACCGGUACCCCUUGUAUAUAGUCUCCUUAAUGGUAUUUUAUUGUAUUACUUUUUUAUCUUGCUUUAGUUAUGUUUUUUAAAUAGCAAAUAUUUUCUUAAUUAAUAAAAAAAAUCUGCAUUGUUAGUUAAGAGCUUGUCAGAAAGCAUUUCGCAGUAAGGUCUACACCUGUUGUAUUCGGCGCGUGUGACAAAUAAAAUUGUAUUUGAUUUAACUUAAUCUCCUCUCGGCCAGGAAAUAGAAUGGAGAAAAAUAUUACCGUGACCAGGAAAAGGAGUCUGAUGCAGAUAGAUUAAAGUCAUUGUAAUAUGUUAGGUUGAUUCUUGCCAAACUUUUUAAAUAUUUUGUAGUCGAGACUGGUUCUGAUAAGAAAUUCAAACAAAUCCCAGAAUUACAGAUCAGAUAUCCUAGGGUUUGUGGGUAUUAGAAAAUAUGCAAAACGUCAAGUGCUGUCAGUGUUGCAUUUGUAACCUUUGACAUGUUCAAGAAAACUCGCUCUUUGGAAUGCCUCUGGACAAUGGACAGUGAAAAAGACUUGUGUUGAAAUCAGGGCAGAGAGAACAGGGUUGUAGUCAAAAAGAAGAAGGGCUGUUGAGCAGGUGUGGUAGAGAGAAACACUAAAGCAGUGGAGCUAAAGUCUGGACAGGAUGUAGUCUAACGGUGGAAAAAAUUACACAAACUGGUUGAUGCACACAUUACAAUGACAACAGUUGCAACAAGCUUACUCUGAAUUGACCCAAAGACCAUACUUAGAAUGGUUCCUAAUGGAAGACUAAUUUCCUGUCUCCCUGAAGUCAAUAGACUCACAUUCUAUACCUCACAGAGUCAACAAGCCUACCAGAGAUUCAACUCCAUUGUAUUCAUUAGGAAUACUGUAGCAAAACGUGCAAAUGGUGUACCAAUUAACCUAGUCUUUUUAGUAUUCAGUGAAAUAAUGGGAAAUGUAUGUAUGUAUAUAUGUAUAUGUGUUUGACUUAUUUGGAUUAAGGGUUUAGACUUUGAUUUGUGGAUUGUGUAGAUUCCCUUGGCCUCCUGUUAACACUUGAUGCCUGGUCUUGCUGUAAAGAGACUGAAUACAGCAUGAUUAUUGCUACACUUCAUUUGUUUUCAGCGUUGAACGACGUUUCAAUUGACAAGCCAAACUCCACUACCUUUACAAGCCUCAAUAGAAGAACCUCUGAUCUUCUUUGUUAGAUAUAAGAAGGUAAACAAGGAUAUAUAUAUUUUUUUAAAUAAGACUUGCGUUGGUGAAAGAACCUACUAUGAUGGAGCAUGUUUUUCUUUUAGAAAAUAUAUUUGGAACUUUUCCGGGGUUUUUUCUAGCAAGAUUAAGAGACCGUACAUCAAGACUUGCUUUACUGAAACCAGUACUUCCUGUUUUGAACAUGAAGUUAUUCUACCAUCAACUGUGAAGUGGAAGUGUUUUGUUUGUUUUGAAGAGGACACUUUCACUAACGUUCUUAGCUGUUUCUCGGGACACCUGUGAGCCUCGGAUAAAAAGGUGAUGUGUGUUUGCAGUCUUAUCCCUUUUCUACUGUUUCAACUCUUCACAAAUGAAAACAUCUAAUCGCCAAAGGUUGACGCCAAUAAAGUCUCUCUGCUGGUGACGACGAGGUGGCCUCUACUAGUGAAGACGAGGUGGCCUCUCUACUAGUGAUGACGAGGUGGACUCUCUACUAGUGAUGACGAGGUGGACUCUCUACUAGUGAUGACGAGGUGGCCUCUCUACUAGUGAUGACGAGUCGGACUCUCUACUAGUGAUGACGAGGUGGACUCUCUACUGGUGAAGACGAGGUGGCCUCUCUACUAGUGAUGACGAGGUGGACUCUCUGCUGGUGAAGACGAGGUGGACUCUCUGCUGGUGAAGACGAGGUGGCCUCUCUACUAGUGAUGACGAGGUGGACUCUCUGCUGGUGAAGACGAGGUGGCCUCUCUACUAGUGACGACGAGGUGGCCUCUCUGCUGGUGACGACGAGGUGGCCUCUCUGCUGGUGACGACGAGGUGGUCUCUCUACUAGUGACGACGAGGUGGCCUCUCUGCUGGUGACGACGAGGUGGCCUCUCUGCUGGUGACGACGAGGUGGCCUCUCUGCUGGUGACGACGAGGUGGCCUCUCUGCUGGUGACGACGAGGUGGCCUCUCUGCUGGUGACGACGAGGUGGACUCUCUACUGAUCCUCUAUUUCCAUACAAGAUGGACAUGAAGUCUGUCUCCAUCUUCAACCUGUGGAUUUGCUCUGAGGAUGUUGGACACCACCGUUGCACCUUCAGCCACACUAAUUUCCUGUCAGACUGGUUGUCUUUGAACUCCAUGCCAUGGACUGACUAAUCUGAACAUUUACUACAACAGGAAUACAAAUGUUCAUCAGACUCACCACACACGGUGGACAGACUACUCUCUAACUGGUUGUGAGGUUACAGGAAAUAGACUGAUCUGUUAUGAGGGACUGCCAGGUUGUGUAACAGAAUAAUACAGCCAGCUCAUCUUCAUUUCUCUUCUGUUAGGCCUUCUGACAUGUUGGUCUCUGUUGUUGGAACUGUCAGUCUUUGUUCUGGGCUUCAGUUUUCAUCAUGGUGGAUGCAGAAUUGUAAUCCUGAUUAGAUUAUGGUUAUAAAGACUUCAGGAUGUAGCCAGUACAUUGAAGUCCACUCUCUAGAUAAUAUAAAAGUCCUGGGAGAGGGACCGUGCUUCCAGGAGAAGGAUAACAGGACCUUGUCCAGAGACAACCCCCAGCCCUUAACCUCCAAGGGACUUGUGUACAGGGAGUUUAAUACAGAGAAUGUAAUACAAUAUUUGAUACGAUCAGGGAAUUUGACAUACAGUAUGGAUUACGUUUUGAAAAUUCAAUGAUCAUUACAUUUAUUUUUUUGUCAUUUUUUCCCCCCACAUUUUAUUGCACUGUAAGUGUUUGGCAGUUCUCAUGGAAACGUGGAAUUUUUUAACGUGUCUUAAGAGUGGAAACCCUAGAAAUGUACCCUCUGAUAGGCUAGAUCGAAUAAUUUCAGAUCUGUGAACAUUUCGUCUUUCAGAGGGCAUGUUUUACCUGAUUAUACCACAGUCUUUGAGUUUUACAUGAAUUCUAGUCUUAUCAACAAAAAAACACCACAUCCGGAAUGGGCGCCAGAUUUGUUUUGGGAAAAACGUUUUAAUUUUGUAAAAUAAAAAAUCCUGUAAUUCUA